ACGACUUAUUGACAAGCUAUUCCACUCCCMAAGCAUUCUGAUGAAGGGGGUGGGCCUAUUUAAUUGGGGAAGUUUGUCUGUAAUCCAUUGCCAAUCAAUCCGUAUAAAGUUUCAAUUUGUCAAAUGUAUCAACCUCAAGUAGCCGGAUUGCUUUGCGAACGUCUGGAUUAUAGUCAUCCAAAGCCACAGRGUUAUACACGGAGGUAUUGAUCGCUUGAUCGCAAUGGAUUSCAUGAGAAAAGCUGCUUCUCCWCUAGCAUGGAGAUUGSUUUGGUGUAUCAUCAUAGAAGCAGCUGUCAUCCAAGCACAGACAAAUGUCGAAGACCAAUGUUUUAACUUUGCGUGUAAAUGGGGAGGAAUGUGCCAGGAAGACAGCUUUGGAUUUCCUGAAUGCGUUUGUCCUCUGAGCUGUCCCUUUUCUAAUGGUGUUGUAUGCUCUACCUAUGGUAUGGAGUUCAACAGUGCUUGUGAAAUGCAUCGAUUUGGUUGUGGUCACGUGAUCAGUAUUGCAGUCGCGAACAAAAAUAAUUGUACCAAAAAUGGGACCAAGGUUUGCCCAAGUGUGAACGAGUUGCUUCAAUUUCGAAACCGUUACAUAGAAUGGAUACAGAUUGUUAAGUUAUCGACACUUGAUCGACGGGUCAACCAACUGUCUAUCAAUGAGAAAAUGAACAUAGUUAAGUGGGAGUUCAAGGUACACGAUUUUGAUAGCAACGGUUUACUGGGCGACGAAGAAAUCAAGAUUUUGCUUGAAGUGAUGAAGCACGAACCUUGUGGACAUGGCUUUAUUAGGUCAUGCGCAAUGGUGGACGGCAAACCUGGAAUUAAUGAGGAAGAAUGGGGGAUUUGCUUUAACUUAGCAGAGCGACCAUACGAACGCAAACUUCGCUAGAAGCAAAGAAUACACAACAUCAGCGUUUGCAAUUACUUUAAUAGUAGUCAUAAGUCACUAGGUCUUAAUAAAUAGUUUUAUUUUUAAUAAAUUUAUGAUAUUCUAAUAUUUACAAAUUUAAGUUAUGCGCGGAUAUCUUGAAGAGUUCUUGUUGAUACGAGAUGUCUAACUCGUGUAAUUCAUUUAAUUUUAUAAGAACUUCUUUUUGCGUCAUAUUGAAAGGUAACCAUACCUUUUUCUCGAAGCGAGACGACUCGUUAGUUUGGAAUAAUGGACUUCCAAUAAAAACCUUUGUUUACACUUAUCGACAAUUAUUCAGUAGUAUCUACCAGGCAAGUUCACCGGUCGUCUCGCUUCUAUGUAAAGAUAUGGUUACAUUUCAAGUUGGGUCAGGGGAACGUAGAUGAGACUUUUGUCAAGUCGUAGCUUUACAAMCUUGAAGUUUUCACCUGUAUAAAUAUCAUUUGCGAAAAUCUCU